GUGUACCUGUCUAUUAAACUUGCUAUAACAACUGCCCCUCGGUGCACUGAAUACUACAUGUCAGAUCGUCGAGAAUACUCACCUCCACGUGGAGGACAACGCUACUCAGAAUGGUCUGAUGAAGAAUACCCACAAAGUCGUGGCCGCGAGAAAUUCAGGUCAGAACGGGGUGCGGACAAAGACAGAAGCUAUUUAGAAGAUUACGAAAGAAGAAAGAGAUCAAGGCAUAGCCCAUCGCCUCCAGAAGAUCGUCGAUACGGCAGAAGACGACUAUCUUCAUUCUCACCAGAAUAUCGCGGCCCUUCACGUUCGCGCUCAGAUCGCCAUAGCCGUGGUCGUGAACGUGAGAGAGAUCAAGAUGGAGAUCAUUACAUUCCAAAUUAUGACCGUGAUGGCUAUGCCCCAGCACCGAAGUAUAGUCAGUUGCCAGAAAAUACUAUGCAGUAUGGUUAUCCAGAUAUGCAAAUGCUCGGAUGGCAAGGACCUGGUGCUAACAGCCCUACCGUAGACCCAAGUCAGUUGGACUAUUUAAUAACUUUCAAGCAAUACUGCGACUAUAUUCGAAGCACAAACCCUCGCACUCACUUUGACGAUGACGAAUAUACAAAAAAAUAUACUGUAUAUAAGGAGAAGUUUAACGCUAAGCAGCUUGCCACCUUUUUCGAACAACAAAAGGAUAAAGAAUGGUUUCAAGAGAAAUACCACCCAUCACUGUCGAAAAAGAGAAAAGAAGAACUGAAGCAUUUGAAGCAGCGAUACUACAAUCAAUAUCUGAUCGACCUUGAGAAUGGCAAAUAUGAUGAUGUACGAUUCGAUGAGCCAGAAGGUGGUUUUAAGCAACAGGAUACUCAAAUGUCAGGCACUGCUGAGGGAGAGGCAAGCGAAGAAUGGGAACCAAGAUUGAUCAUCAAAACUGUUCCUCCCACAAUCCCUCGAAAUAAAAUUGUUGAAAUGUGUGAACAAGUCGAAGGAUUUGAUUAUCUUGCCUUGUCCGAACCCACACCAGCCAAGAAGUUUCACCGGCUUGGUUGGAUCAACUUUAAGGAAGGCACUGAUAUCAAAGCUGCGUUUGAUAAACUCGAUAAUCAAAAGAUUGAUGAUUUUACAUUCCACUUAGCUAUGAACAAGAUUCAGUCCUCUCAGAAUCGCGUCCCAAGACAUGCGCCAGAAAUUUCAAAUACCACCGAGAGGAUCAAACUGGACUUGGAACGGGCGAAGCAAGUAGCAAAAAACUUGGAAUCGGAAUUGGGAGACAAUGUAAAUGGCCUGGAAUUGGUUGAAGUCAGAGCAAAGCGUUUGUUAGAACAGCAUGACGAACGGUUGCAAAAUGGCGAAAAUGAAGAGGAUCCCGAAGGUUCAAGCAGUGAAGAGAAAGAGGAAAGAUGGAGAAUUAAGCGACAAUUGGAUAUCAUUCUGACAUAUCUCAGAAAUGCCUUCAUGUUUUGCUACUAUUGUGGACUAGAAUGCGAAUCUUUUGACGAGCUAGGAAAAAAAUGUGUGGAACCACACUAUCGAAAAUCUGCACUACUAUCAGGGGAAGGAAGUGGUGACCCCAAAGAUGCCAAGAGGGUCGCAAGGUGGGCAGAGAACCUUGAUCAGAAGAUUGAUUUGAAGAUCAACACCCCCGAUGACCGUACGCUGGAAAAGAUGGGCGGCAAGGUGCUCCAAAAGGAACUCGAUGCAUUUGUUGAGCAAAAUGUGUUGAAGGAACACGAUGCCAAAUUCAAGUGUAAAGUCAAAGAUUGUAAAAAGGCUUUCAAAGGAUAUGGAUAUGUUGAAAAGCAUAUCAACAUGAAGCAUCCAGAAGAGGUUGAAGCUAUCAAAGCUGAAGUGGAGUUUUUCAAUAAUUAUGUGCUGGAUCCGAACCACUUGCUUCCAACAUCUGGUCAGCAAGGCUUACCAUCCGGCAAUGUUGCCGGACUACCUCUCAACACAUCAUCUGCCCCACCGUUUAUGAUGGGAGUAGGUAAUGGUAUGCGAAUGGGAGGAGGGUUUACACCCGUGCAAGCGGCGGUAAUGGGAACGCCCUGGAAUCAGAUACCAAGAAUUGGAUUCAAUGAACAAAAUUCAUGGUCUGUUAUGCAGCGAAGAGGCUCACGGAAUAGCGCUUCAGAUAUGCACGGCCCUGGUGGCGUGCCAAGCGGCGCAAGUCUUGAUAUGCCGAAAGAUCCACGCCAAGUGACCUCUUACGUAGAUCUUGAUGCUCCUGCUGAAGGUGACUCAGAAAUGUCUUUUCUCUAGAUAGUAAACCUCUGUCGGAAAAAAAGAUCGCUUGACAUAGUAAAUACUAUCAGUAAUAUGUAAAUGCAAUUGCAAAUUGAAGAAACAAUGGCACUGUAGUCAUAAAGUCAAUGUUGCCCUUCAUUCCCCUUUUUAUGACUAUCCUCAUCGGCAAAAUAUAGAAACCUUGACCAGCUCAUUC